CUACAUAUACAAUUGUUUCAUGUAGCUAUCUGAACUCGUUAACAUUAUACAAAUGAAUACUAUUUAGAGAUGCAGUUUUAGUCCCUGGUUUAACCUGUGGCAGCUGUGUCUCUUUUUUGUUUAUACAAUACUAGAGUAGAAGUGGGCCAGAGCCCGAAUUGCAGAGGCGCCUUGUCGACCUGAGACCGCCGCCAUGGUGGAUUUCCUGGCGGAAAACAACCUGUGUGGUCAGGCGGUGCUGAGGAUCGUGUCGGGAAACGCGAUCAUAGCCGAGCUCCUCCGCCUCUCGGAGUUCAUCCCUGCUGUCUUCAGACUCAAAGACAAGAGCGACCAGCAGAAAUACGGAGACAUCAUCUGUGACUUCAGCUACUUCAAGGGUCCAGAGUACUACGACAGUAAGCUAGAAGCCAAACCAGAUCUGCAGGAUCUGGACGAUGAGUUCCGUGAGAAUAACCUGGAGAUACUCUCACGAUUCUACCUGGCGUUUGAAAGUGUCCACAAGUACAUCGUUGAUCUAAUCAGGUAUCUGGAUGAUCUGUAUGAAGGAGUUUACAUUCAACAGACCCUGGAGACGGUGCUGCUGAAUGAGGAUGGAAAACAGCUCCUGUGUGAGGCGCUGUAUCUCUAUGGAGUCAUGCUGUUGGUUAUUGACCAGAAGAGAGGGGAGGUCAGAGAGAGGAUGCUGGUGUCCUACUAUAGAUACAGUGCUGCCCGCUCCUCAGCGGACUCUAACCUGGAUGACAUCUGUAAGCUGCUGCGGAGUACUGGCUACUCCAGCCAAUCAGGGGCCAAGCGGCCAGCUAACUACCCCGACUACUUCCAGAGAGUACCUAUCAGUUCUACCUUCAUCAGCAUGGUGAUCGGGAGGCUGCGCUCUGAUGACAUCUAUAACCAGGUGUCUGCGUACCCUCUGCCUGAGCAUCGCAGCACAGCGUUGGCUAACCAGGCUGCCAUGCUGUAUGUCUGUCUCUACUUCAUUCCCUCCAUACUUCAGACUCAACAGGCCAAGAUGAGGGAGAUAGUGGACAAGUACUUCCCUGAUAACUGGGUCAUCAGUGUCUACAUGGGAAUCACUGUGAAUCUGGUGGAGGCUUGGGAACCGUAUAAAGCUGCCAAGAUCGCCCUCAACUACACCCUGGACUCAGCCAAUAUCAGAGAGCAGGCCAGUCGUUAUUCAGUCAGCAUGGAGGGCCUGAGGCCACAGAUCCAGCAGCUGCUGAAGGAAGGGUUCCUGAGGGAGGAGAUCGUCCUGGAUAACGUCCCUAAGCUGCUCAACUGUCUCCGGGACUGUAACGUUUCCAUACGCUGGCUGAUGCUACACACUGCAGACUCCGCCUAUGAUCCCAACAACAAGCGUCUGCGCCAGAUCAAAGACCAGGUGAUCAACGACUCCAAGUACAACCCCAAGAUCCUGUUCCAGGUACUCCUAGACACCGCCCAGUUUGAGUUCACCCUCAAAGAGAUGUUCAAGAAGAUGCUGUCAGAGAAGCAGCUGAAAUGGGAGAGUUAUCGAACUGAGGGAUCUGAGAGGAUGACCGAGCUGGCUGAGGUCUUCUCUGGGGUCAAGCCUCUAACCAGAGUGGAGAAGAAUGAGAACCUGCAGGCAUGGUUCAGGGAGAUCUCGAAGCAGAUCGAGUCUCUGAACUACGAGGACUCCACCGCUGCAGGCAGGAAGACCGUUCAGCUGAUACAGGCCCUCGUAGAGGUUCAAGAGUUCCACCAGUUGGAGUCCAACCUGCAGGUGUGUCAGUUCCUGGCUGACACCAGGAAGUUCCUUCACCAGAUGAUCAGGACUAUCAACAUCAAGGAGGAGGUUCUGAUCACCAUGCAGAUAGUAGGAGACCUGUCUUACGCAUGGCAGAUCAUAGACAGCUUCACGUCCAUCAUGCAGGAGAGUAUCAGAGUGAACCCAUCCAUGGUGACCAAACUACGAGCAACCUUCCUAAAGUUGGCGUCUGCGUUGGACCUGCCUCUGCUGCGUAUCAACCAGGCUAACAGUCCAGAUCUGCUCAGUGUUUCUCAGUUCUACUCCGGGGAACUGGUGACCUACGUCAGAAAGGUGUUACAGAUCAUCCCUGAGAGCAUGUUCACCUCCCUGGCUAAGAUCAUCAAGCUGCAGAUUCAUGCCAUCAUGGAGGUUCCCACCAGACUGGACAAGGACAAGCUGAAGGACUACGCCCAGCUGGGGGCUCGCUACGAGGUUGCCAAACUCACCCACGCCAUCUCCAUCUUCACUGAAGGGAUUCUGAUGAUGAAGACGACGCUGGUUGGAAUCAUCAAGGUGGAUCCCAAGCAGCUCCUGGAAGAUGGUAUCAGGAAGGAGUUGGUGAGAAGAGUAGCCUACGCUCUACACAAAGGACUUAUCUUUAACCCCAAGGCUAAGACCAGUGAGUUGAUGCCGAAGCUGAAGGAGAUGGCAGCCACCAUGGACGGAUUCUACCGGUCCUUUGAGUACAUCCAGGAUUACGUCUCCAUCUACGGCCUGAAGAUCUGGCAGGAGGAGGUCUCUCGUAUCAUCAACUACAACGUGGAGCAGGAGUGUAACAGCUUCCUACGCACCAAGAUCCAGGAUUGGCAGAGUGUCUACCAGUCGACCCAUAUCCCCAUACCCAAGUUCCCCGCGGUCGAUGAGUCGGCCACCUUCAUCGGACGACUCUGUAGAGAGAUCCUCCGCAUCACAGACCCCAAGGCGACGUGUUACAUGGACCAGUUGAACACCUGGUACGACCUGAAGACCCACCAGGAGGUGACCAACAACCGUCUGUUCUCUGAGAUACAGGACACCCUGGGGACCUUCGGCCUCAACGGCCUGGACAGGCUGCUCUGCUUCAUGAUGGUCAAGGAACUGCAGAACUUCCUGUCGGUGUUUCAGAAGACCAUCCUGAGAGACAAGGCUAUGGUGGAUGUCUUUAAAGCCAUGCUGAGCGCUGUCAAUCCCGUCAAAGGUAUUGUGGGUAGGUAUCAACAGCUCAGGAAGGAUUCCUACCAGGGUGGUGUUUAUCAGGUUAGACAAUGGAAAACAUUUUCAAAUGCCAAAACUAUAGUUUGUUUAACACAGAAGAUCUGGGGUCCGGUUGAAAACGAGUCCAUCAUGAAGGUUGGUCAGAUGCAGAUCCUGAGGCAACAGAUCGCCAACGAGUUGAACUACUCCUGCAAGUUUGACUCCAAACACCUCGCUGCUGCUCUGGAAAACCUCAACAAGUCUCUACUGGCUGAUAUAGAAGCCCACUACCAGGACCCCAGCCUUCCAUACCCCAAGGAGGACAACAACCUGCUGUAUGAGAUCACAGCCUCUCUGGAGGCAGCAGGCAUUCACAACCCACUCAACAAGAUCUACAUUACAACCAAGCGCCUGCCUUACUUUCCUAUCGUCAACUUCCUCUUCAUCAUUGCUCAGCUGCCUAAACUGCAGUACAGCAAAAACCAAGGGAUGACGUGCAGGAAAGCCACCGACCCGGUAGACUGGUCUCCUCUGGUUCUUGGCCUGCUCACUCUGCUGAAGCAGUUCCACUCCAGAUACACAGAGCAGUUCCUGGCUCUCAUUGGGCAAUUCAUACGCUCCAUCAUGGAACAGUGCACCAGUCAGAAGAUCCCGGACAUGCCGUCCGAUGUGGUGGGAGCUCUGAUGUUUCUGGAGGAUUACGUACGCUACACCAAACUGCCUCGCAAGGUAGGAUUAGAUUAGAUUAGGAUUGGGUUAGGAUUGGAUUAGGA